CAAGUCCUCAAUUGAGAACUGCAGAAAAUAUCAAACUAUGCACAAGAUAGCUAGAUCGAUUUCUUGCAAUAGGCAGGCCACGCGAGCACUGGCUGGAAACAAGAUGUACCCAACGCCUCCCCAGCACUACCAUGGUGGCUACAGCAGUGGGAUGAACCACAUGGUUAACCAGUUCAGUGAGAUGAACAUGUCUACUCGCAGUGGUGGCCGAGGACGUGGCCCUAGUGUUCCCAGGUAUCCUGGAGUUCGCAUGUACCGGGACGAUUACAGGAGAGAUCGUCCAGACGACCGCAGAUCUAACCGUUACAAUAAUGACGAUGAGGGUGGUGAUAAUUACGGAGGCAACAGUUACGGCGGUGGAAAUGAUUAUUAUAACAGCGGACCCAGAGGUGGAUACAACGGAGGUGGUGGUGGAGGUGGAGGAGGUAGAGGAAGAGGAGGUAUGUACCAGAACAUGCCCCAACAUGGCGGGGGACGAGGGGGUUACUACCCACGCAACAAGUUCCAACCACCAAAUAUGGGGGGAGCUGGCGGCGAAUUCUCUCCCUACCAAGGAAAUAUGAGACGUGGUAAUAGUCGAGGUGACUUCCAAGGAGGUAACGAUUGGAGGGGCGGGUUCGGCGAGCAAGUUGAGCGAGACGAUUUCUACCCUGACAGAGUAUCUACCCACAUUCUCAACAGCAGUGAGAGAUACCAGAAGGAUUGGAGUAUCAUGGCUCCCAGAGACGUCGCCAUGGAGAACAAACUAUUCAAGAAACAAUUCGUACAAGUAGAGAUUAACUUUGAUAACUGGAAGAACAUCCCGGUUGAAACCUCUGGAACUAACCUACCUGAACCAAUCAGCACAUUCAAGGAUAUUGGACUAGGAGAGAUCCUGGAGAACAAUAUUAAGUUAGCUGGAAUUCUGCAACCUACCCCUGUUCAGAUGUACUCUACUAGCAUCGUUAAGAACGGCCGAGAUCUCAUGGCUUGUGCCCAAACAGGUUCCGGCAAGACAGCAGCGUUCCUGAUUCCCAUCCUGUCCAACCUGUUUGAGAACGGACCACCCCAAGAACUGAAGGACGGAACCAGCAUGGCACACAGAGUGUCACCUCUUGUUCUCAUCCUCGCUCCCACCAGGGAACUUGCUAGUCAGAUAUUCGAGAUGACGCAACACCUUUGCUACAGGUCCUGUGUGAGACCGUAUGUAGUGUACGGAGGAUCCAACAUAGACAAGUGCAUAGACCAGCUUUCUCUUGGAGUUGAGAUUCUUGUAGCUACACCAGGACGACUCAUUGACCUGUUGAACAGAGGAGAAGUUAACUUAUCUAUGGUUAAAUUCCUAGUACUCGAUGAAGCUGACAGGAUGUUGGACAUGGGAUUCGAGAAGGAUAUCAGAACUAUAGUAACUGAUUACAAAAUGGGUAUCGCCGGCAAGCGACAAACUCUCAUGUUCAGUGCUACAUUCCCCAAACCUAUUCAGCUGCUAGCUAAGGAGUUUAUGGACGACUACAUCUUCUUGACUGUAGGAAGGAUAGGAUCUACCAAUGAUAUCAUCACACAGAAACUUAACUAUGUGAGACGAAAUGACAAGAUUCCUGAAUUGCUUCGUGUACUUACAGAAGAAACCAAAGACCGAAUUCUCGUGUUCGUACGUACAAAGCACGAUACCGAGAAGAUUCAGGGAGUCCUAAAGGACGAAGGACACAGUGUUAUCAGUAUUCACGGUAACAAAUCCCAGAGAAUGCGUGAAAACGCUUACCAGUUCAGGAACGGUGAUAAGAACGUUUUGGUGGCAACUGAGGUUGCAGCUCGAGGUCUCGAUAUCCCCAACAUCAGUCACGUGGUCAACUUUGACAUGCCUGAUACCAUCGAGAACUAUGUGCAUAGGAUCGGUCGUACAGGAAGGAUGGGUAACCCAGGACGUGCCACCUCGUUCUUCUGCGAGAGUGACUGGCACAUCGCACCCGAACUAGCUGAGCUGCUGAAAGAGAGCAGCCAGGAAGUACCCCAGUUCCUCGCUAAGAUGAAAUACAACAACAGCACUGUAUCAGGCGGCGGCGGUGGUGGACACAAGAAAUCGUUCACUCAGGACAGGUUUGGAGGUCGGGACUACAGACGAGGCCCUCAGUUCAUCCCCUUUUCAGAUACUUAA